CAGCUUUCUCCAGCCUGACCCACUGCAUUUGUCCUCUCUCCAACAAGCAAAAGGUGUGUGAUUCCCUUGAUUUGCUGUGGAAUCCCUUCAGGCAAGCACAGAGAGGAAGGUUCCUGCUCCCAGGGGGGUUCUUUGGAGGUGUGUUGGAUCCUGCUGUGUGUGGGUCCUGCAGAGCAGCAGUGGGCCCCCUCUGAUGGGAGGAUGGUUGUUCUCAGGCAGUUUGGGCUGCUGCUCUGGAAGAACUAUAUCCUGCAGAAGCGGCAGAUCCUGGUGACGCUCAUCGAGAUCUGCCUCCCGCUGCUCUUCGCCGCCAUCCUGAUCGCUCUGCGCCACAGGGUGCACUCCAUCAGCCACCCCAAUGCCACCAUCUACCCCCCUGAGCCUGUGGAUGACCUGCCAGGCUUCUUCUACCGCCGCCACUCCAGCAACCCCUGGGAGCUGGCAUACGUGCCCUCCAACAGCAGCGCCGUCAGGAGCGUCAUCCAGGCGGUGGAGAGAGCUUUGCCCAUCAACAUCAGAGCUCAGGGCUUUGCCUCAGAGCGGGACUUUGAGGAGUAUGUCAAGUCAGACAACCGCUCGGGCAACGUGUUGGCUGCCGUCGUGUUCGAGCACCAGUUCCAGCAGAGCACGGCCCCACUGCCCCUCCAGGUCAGCUAUGAGCUGCGUUUCAAGUACAGCCCCAGGAACGCGCCACGGAGCGAACAGACGGGGCUGAACCCCAACCUGGACCGGGACUGGCACACCAGCUACCUCUUCCCACUCUUCCAGCUCCCUGGGCCUCGAGAGGCCAAGUUUGCUGAUGGGGGAACACCAGGCUACAUCAGAGAAGGCUUCCUGGCGGUGCAGCACGCAGUGGACAGGGCCAUCAUGCAGUACCAUGCCAACAGCAGCUCUGCCAGCCUCCUGGACAACAUCACUGUGGUGGUGCAGCGCUUCCCCUACCCAGCCUAUGUCAAUGACCUCUUCCUCCUGGCCAUCCAGAACCAGCUGCCCCUGCUCCUCAUGCUCAGCUUCACCUACACCUCGCUCAACAUCGUCCGUGCCGUCGUGCACGAGAAAGAGAAGAAGCUGAAGGAGUACAUGCGCAUGAUGGGCCUCAACAACUGGUUGCACUGGAGUGCCUGGUUCCUCAUGUUCUUCCUCUUCCUCCUGGUGUCUGUGUUUUUUGUCACCGUGCUCUUCUGUGUCAAGGUGAGUGAGCAGGGGGCCGUGCUCACCAACAGUGACCCCACGCUGGUGUUCACCUUCCUUGCCAUCUUCUCCAUCUCCUCUAUCUCCUUCAACUUCAUGGUGAGCACCUUCUUCUCAAGAGCCAACGUCGCAGCUGCUGCCGGUGGCUUCCUCUACUUUUUCUCCUACAUCCCUUACUUCUUCAUCUCACCCCGCUACGACCUCAUGUCCCACAGCCAGAAGUUGGCAUCCUGCCUCAUCUCCAACGUGGCCAUGGCCAUGGGGGCACAGCUGAUAGGCAUGUUUGAAGGGAAAGGGACUGGCAUUCAGUGGAGGGACCUCAUGAAGCCUGUCAGUGUGGAUGACAACUUCACCUUAGCCCAAGUGCUGGGGCUGCUGCUGCUGGACUCGGUGCUGUAUGGGCUGGUGGCCUGGUACGUGGAGGCUGUGUUCCCAGGGCAGUACGGUGUGCCUCAGCCCUGCUACUUCUUCCUGACGCCUUCAUACUGGUGUGGGAGGCCCAGGACUGUCGUGGGGAAAGAGAAAGAGGAGGAAGAGGACCCUGAGAAAGCUCUGAAGAGCCAGUACAUCGAGGAGGAACCUGCUGACCUCGUGUCAGGAAUCAAAAUAAAGCACCUUUCCAAGGUCUUCAAAGUGGGAAACAAGAUGAAAGAGGCAGUCAAGGACCUAACAGUGAACAUGUAUGAAGGCCAGAUCACCGUCCUGUUGGGACACAACGGCGCUGGGAAGACCACCACCCUGUCCAUGCUCACAGGCCUGCACUCUCCAUCAAGUGGACAAGCCUACAUCAACGGCUACGAGAUCUCGCAGGACAUGGGCCUCAUCCGGCGCAGCCUGGGGCUGUGUCCCCAGCACGACGUGCUCUUCGACAACAUGACAGUGGAGGAGCAUCUCCACUUCUAUGCAGGGCUGAAAGGGUACCCAGCCUCCAAGUGCCCUGAGGAGAUCAACCACAUCCUGAGGAUCCUGAGCCUGGAGGACAAGCGCCAUUCCCUGAGCAGGGCGCUGUCGGGCGGCAUGAAGCGCAAGCUCUCCAUCGGCAUCGCCCUCAUUGGGGACUCCAAGGUGGUGAUGCUGGACGAGCCAACAUCAGGGAUGGACCCAGCUUCUCGCAGGGCCACGUGGGACCUGCUGCAGCAGCAGAGGAGCCACCGCACCAUCCUGCUCACCACACACUUCAUGGACGAGGCCGACCUGCUGGGGGAUCGCAUCGCCAUCAUGGCCAAGGGCGAGCUGCAGUGCUGCGGCUCCUCGCUCUUCCUCAAGCGCAAAUACGGGGCAGGAUAUCACAUGGUGAUGGUGAAGGAGCCCUACUGUAACCUGGGGGAGAUCUCCCGCCUCAUCUGUCAGUACGUGCCCAACGCCACCAUGGAGAGUAAUGCUGGGGCAGAGCUGUCCUUCAUCCUGCCCAAGGAGAGCACCCACAGGUUUGAGGCCUUGUUCACAGAGCUGGAGCAGAGGCGGGAGGAGCUGGGCAUUGCCAGCUAUGGGGCCUCAGUCACCACCAUGGAGGAGGUCUUCUUGAGGGUUGGGAAGCUUGUGGACUCCAGUAUGGAUAUCCAAGCCAUCCAGCUGCCUGCCCUCCAGUACCAGCACGAGAGACGCUCCAACGACUGGGCCAUGGAUGACUCCAGCAGCCUGAGUGGCAUGACAGACAUGACAGAUGACAGUGGGGCACUCAUUACAGAGGACUGCUCCAGCAUCAAACUCAACACAGGGUUCUACCUGUGCUGCCAGCAGUUCUACGCCAUGUUCAUGAAGAGAGCCAUGUACAGCUGGCGCAACUGGAAGAUGGUGGCAGCGCAGUUCCUCGUGCCUCUGAUCUUCACAGCCUUUGCCCUCGUUGUGGCCAAGACUUUCCCAGGCCCCAGGGAUUCCUCCCUGCUGAGGCUGAGCCUGGAGCCCUAUGGGCAGACCAUUGUGCCUUUCAGUGCCUUGGGCAGCCCGGGGCUGGCGCAGAGCGUGGCGGAGCAGUACGUGGAGAUGCUGGAUGCACAACGACAGUCGCCGCUGGAGGUGUUGGGUGGCCUGGAGGAAUACCUCAUCUCCAGAGCCUCAGAGGAAGGAGGAGCCUUCAACGAGCGCUACAUCGCCGCCGCCUCCUUCCAAGGAGCCGGGAACCGCACGGUGGUCACGGCGCUCUUCAACAACCAGGCCUACCACUCCCCUGCCACGGCCCUCAUGCUGGCCACCAAUGCCAUCUUCAGGGUCCUGGCAGGCCCCAACGCCUCCAUCACAGUCACCAACUACCCUCAGCCUCGUAACAUCACCGAGAAGGCCAAGGACCAGCUCAUGGAAGGCCAGACUGGCUUUGCCAUUGCCAUCAACCUGCUGUAUGGCAUGGCCUCGCUCGCCAGCACCUUUGCCCUGCUGCUGGUCAGUGAGAGAGCCAUCAAGGCCAAGCAUGUCCAGUUUGUCAGUGGUGUCUAUGUGGUCAACUUUUGGCUUUCUGCCCUGCUCUGGGACAUCAUCAACUUCCUCAUCCCUUGUGCUCUGAUGCUGGUGAUAUUCCAAGCCUUUGAUGUACAAGCCUUCACCCAAGACAGCCACCUCGUGGAUGUGAUGCUGAUCUUCCUCCUUUAUGGCUGGGCCAUCAUCCCCCUCAUGUACCUCCUCAGCUUCUUCUUCUCGGUGGCAGCCACGGCCUACACCCGGCUCACCAUCUUCAACAUCCUCUCAGGCACAGCCACCUUCCUUGCUGUCACCAUCAUGAGCAUCCCAGAGCUGGGCUUGGUGGACCUCUCCAAAACCUUGGAUAAAGUCUUUCUCAUCUUACCCAAUUACUGCUUGGGCCAGUGCAUCAGUGACUUCUACCAGAACUAUGAGUUCAUUCAGUUCUGCACCUCUUCUGUUGAAGCCAUCUUCAUCUGCAAGGCAUUCAAUAUCAGCUAUCAGAUGAACUACUUCUCCUGGGAGACGCCUGGGAUUGGACGAUACCUGACCUCCAUGGCCAUCCAGGGCUUCUCCUUCCUCUUCCUCCUUUUCCUCAUUGAAACAAACCUCCUGUGGAGACUGAGGACGUUGCUCUGUGGCAUCUGCAGGAGGAGGAAAUGGGUGGCACUGCUGAACAGGGUGUCUGUGCUGCCAGAGGACAGGGACGUAGCAGAUGAGAGGAAGAAGGUUUUGGAAUCACCACCAGAACUGCUGUCAUCUCUCAGCAGCCCUCUGGUCAUCAAGGAGCUCACCAAGGUCUAUGACAGCAGGGAGUCUCUGCUAGCAGUGGACAGGAUCUCCUUGGCAGUCAGCAAAGGGGAAUGCUUUGGCCUCCUUGGCUUCAAUGGUGCAGGCAAAACCACCACCUUCAAGAUGCUGACUGGUGACGAGAGCAUCACGUCAGGGGACGCCUUUGUGGAUGGCCACAGCAUUCUGGCCAACAUCAAGAAGGUGCAGCAGCGGAUCGGCUACUGCCCGCAGCUGGACGCGCUGCUGGAGCACAUGACGGGCCGCGAGACGCUGGGCAUGUACGCGCGCCUGCGGGGCGUCCCCGAGCGCUACGGCGCCAGCUGCGUGGAGAACAUGCUGCGGGGGCUGCUGCUGGAGCCCCACGCUGACAAACUGGUGAGGACUUACAGCGGUGGGAACAAGCGGAAGCUGAGCGCUGGCAUCGCUCUCAUCGGGGGUCCCCCCGUGAUCUUCCUGGACGAGCCCUCCAGCGGCAUGGACCCCGUGGCACGGCGGCUGCUCUGGGACGCGGUGACGCGGACACGGGAGUGCGGCAAAUCCAUCAUCUUCACCUCCCACAGCAUGGAGGAGUGCGAGGCCCUGUGCACCCGCCUGGCCAUCAUGGUGAACGGGCAGUUCAAAUGCCUGGGCAGCCCCCAGCACCUCAAAAGCAAGUUUGGCAGUGGCUACACCCUGCUGGCCAAAACAAGGAGUGAGGAGGAGGGAGAGCUGCAAGCCUUCAAGGCCUUCGUGGAGAAGACUUUCCCAGGCAGUGUCCUGAAACACGAGCACCAGGGCAUGGUGCAUUAUCACUUGACCAACAAAAACCUCAGCUGGGCACAGGUCUUUGGGACCCUGGAGAAAGCCAAAGAGAAAUAUCACUUGGAAGACUAUUCAGUGAGCCAGAUAUCCCUGGAGCAAGUCUUCAUGAGCUUCACUCGCUUCCAGCACUACACAGAGGACAGAGGGAAAUGAGCAGAAGCCUCCACUGGUGCCCUUGGUGAUGGACUGGCCCUGCUGCCUAUCCACAGUAUAUCUAGAGACAGUAAUUUAUAUAUCAGAGUGUCUUAAAUGAUGUAUAAAUGUAAGAAACCUUUCACCAGGGAGGGAGGGGAGAGGCUGGCAUUGUACCUUCUGCCAGUGGGACCACAAGUAGGGUGUGGGGGGUGUGUGUGUGUGUGGGGGUUGCUGCCCCAGCACAGGCUUGGGAGUGUCUGUCUGUCUGUCUGUCUGUGUGUCUGUGUGCAUGUGGCACUUCCACUCUCCAGCCCUCAUUCCCAUCUGUAUGGCCAAAACAAUAAGCCCCUCAAAAGCAAGGGGAAAGGCUGGAUGGCUGGAGAGGGGUGGUGCUGGGAUUGGAGGUGGGUGGAAACAAGCAGCACUGUGUUCCCCUUCACCCUGUUGCUCCCUCUUCCCUGCCCAGUGCUCACAGCCCCUCAGGAUGCUGCUUCCUGGGCUUCAGCUGCAUGCAGAUGUGUUGUGUGAGGUGGUUUGCUCGUGGGUUAAAGGGUUGACAGGAGGCUGUCAGGUAGCUCACAUCCAAACCCUUUCCCUGAGCUGAUUUGGAUGCACUUUGGUUGGCUUUUGUGUCUAAUGGAGGAGACAAGGCAAACCUGGCCCCUUGGUGGCAGGGAGGAGGCUCUGGCUCCUCCAACCUCUGAGGAAACACCUCCUGGACUGAGGCUGGAAGCCCCAGGAGUUGUGGUAACAGAGAACUGAGCUGCCCCAGGAGCUGUGUGGUAACAAUGAACUGCCCCAGGAGCUGUGUGGUAAGAGAGAGCUGCCCAGAGCUCAGCCCCUUGGCACAGCACAGGAUGGGCACUGCAGUGGGCCAGGGGGGCUGCAGGGUGCUGGGGACACUGCAGGGCUGAGGGAGAGGUGUCCCAGGGAUGCUGCCAGUCUCACUCUUCCGUCCAUGAGAAGGUUUUAGCAGCAGCACAGUGCCCUGCAGGGUUGGUUUGAAGGCAGCACCCAUGUCCUGCUCUCCCUUUCCAUCCCACACAGCUCUGAGCAGAGCACACCAGCCCACAGCCCCCUGCUUGCCCUUGUCCCCAUCCCCUCCCCACCCCUCCAGCAGCAGGCAGGGAGCCAAGACACUGCCCUGCCCCUGCCCAGCGUGGGGGAUGCUGCUGGGCACCAGCCCUGCCUGUGCAGAGGCAGAUACCACGACUUGAGGUGUCUUUGGGGGCAUUUCCCAGUGGCUGGAAUGCUUUGGUUGGUUUGUUUUCAAUCCCUGUUGAUUCUUGUCUUGUCUUUACCUAGUCCCUGUGUCACCCAGGGGCAGUGCCCUCCAGGCUGGCUGCCCUGCCAUCAAUGCAGAGCUAUUUGCACUAUAGUAAUACACACAAUUGCACAUAAUGAGUUGACACUUAUGGUGAGGGCUGCUGAUUCCCUUCCAGUGAUUGCAUUGCCAGGGGUUGGCUUAUAUUUUUGGGUUGGGGUUUUGUUCUGUUCCUGUGACAGACUCAUUCUUUCCUGUCCCCUUUGUCCUUGUUUGGUUUCCCUUUUGUCCUUCCCCAUGAUGGUGCAUCAUGUUACCAAGAGGUUCCCUGGAUCUUAAUGACAUGGGGCUUGAUGAAGCAGCACUCAGCAGGUGAAUGGCAUCCCUGCAACACCUGGGAGCCCUUCAGAGCUGCUGGGGGUGGAGGGUUUGCUCCCUGGGAGCAUCUCCAGCUGUGGGAAACCUCAGCACCAGUGACCUUCCUGCAGAAAAACAAGGGAGGAUGGUUCCUGGGCCUAAGAGGGAAGGGCUGAGACUCCAAACAUUGAGGCUUCAUGGAAGGGGAGGUGGUGCAGGCUGUAGCAGAGCCUCCAAGGCUUUGUCUUGGUUACCACUGUCUACAGUGGUAACAAGCAGGGCAGCAGAUCCAUCCCCCUGGGACACAUCCCAUUGGGGUGCUGGUGACUCCCAAAAAGGCACAGUCCUGGGGGAGGUGGCACAGAGGCAGCACAACCCCUCUCAGUGCCCGUGAGCACCAGGCCACAGCUGGUUGUAGAGGAGUCAAAGGCAAGGAUGGCAUCCCCUGGCACCAGCUCCCCACCCCUGGAGGGGAUUCAUCCUGACCUAAACAAACCCAGCCCUGAUGCAGCAGCGUUUCCUCAGGCAGAUGGUGCUGUAGCAGCCCUCCCCUCUCCCAGGAGCUGCUGCCUGAGCACUGCUGCUGCUCCCUCCUCCCUUUCUCCGUCCAUUUGGGUUACACACCAGCCCAGGAUUGCUCACCCCUCACUCACUGCUGCUGGGGGCUCUGUGCUGGCUGCUCUUGGCCUCCCAGGCUGGGGUAGAAGCACCACAGGUCCCAGGGCAGCUGCUGCUCUCCUCUGGCUUCGGUGUGGUUGUAACUCCCAGCAUAGGAAUAAUAAAGAGGGUUGUUUGGGUUGGGUUUUUUUUUUU